UCGAAGAUAUCAUCCAAGAUGCGAUCCCAGCUAGCUGUUUUCCUUGGCCUCGUGGCCAUCAUUUCGAUUUCCUUGGGAGUCUCUGCCCAGACCACGCCCACUGAUCCCACCACGCCGACUACCCCAACCACGCCGACGUCUCCAACCACGCCAACUACUCCGCCCACUACCCCGUCGGCUCCAGCAUCGCCCGCCACCCCAACGACGCCCACCACUCCACCCACUACCCCAACGUCGCCCACAACGCCCACCUCUCCCACCCCCACCACACCCACUUCGCCGAGUACCCCGUCGAGUAACAGCACCACCACACCACAUAAGCAUAAGACCCACUGGACGAAAAAGGUAAAGAGAUCAGCCAGGAAACGCACACGCAAGAUUAAGCAUAAUGGCGGAAGGAAGGGCCAAGGUGAAAAAAAGCGAUCCCGCCGGAAUUAAAGGAGUUACCCGAAUUGAAAUCCUAACUGACCGAAACUAUUUGAUUACCAAUGCAAACCAUUUUUAAACCCUUAUUUUAGACCUAAAUUACUUACAUUGUUAUAAUAAUCGCAAUAUUAAAUGAGAAACUAGAUUUUCAAAGAAAAAA